AUCUGCCCGCCUUCCAGAACCUUCUCUCAGCCACGGAGGCCAUCAAUAAUGUAGAUGGGCGAACUGCAAAGUGCUGCUGGAGAGGAACCAGGAGCGGGUGCUUGGAACCGGGCAGCUCCCGGCUUUGGGAAAGAUGGUGUCUCCAGCCAUUGCGUUGGCCUUCAUCCCCUUCCUGAUGACGCUGCUGAUCCGCUACCGGUAUUACUUUGUGCUCUUCUGGCGCGCAGUGGUCCUACGCAAGGUGCACGACUAUCUGAGCGGCCUGUCGCGGGAGGAGAGGGCCUUCAACCACGUACUGGCCAACUGCAUCCCUGGAGACACGGACAACAUCCUGGCCACCUUCGACCAGUGGUGCUUCCAGUCGGAAUACCUCAGCAACCUGGGCCCCGAGAAAGGCCGGAUCCUGGAGCGGCUGCUGUACGAGAACGCUCCGCGCACGGUGCUGGAGCUAGGCACCUACUGCGGGUACGCCUCGCUCCGCAUCGCCCGCUCACUCACAGACGGUGCCCGCCUCUACACCGUCGACAUGGACGUCAGCAACGCCGCCAUCGCUGAGAAGAUCAUCCGCAUAGCCGGCUUCGAUGAAGACACGGUGGAGCAGGUGGUGCUGCCGUCGGACCAGGUGAUCCUGCAGCUUCGGGAGAAGUUUGCCGUGGCCACGGUGGACUUUGUCUUCAUGAACCACUGGAAGCGGAGCUACCUGCGAGACCUGCGGCUGCUGGAGGAGCAGGGACUGCUGCACCCGGGCAGCGUGGUGCUGGCCGACAACAUCAUCUUCACCGGGGCCCCGCACUUCAUGCAGUACGCCAAGAGCUGCGGCUCCUACACCUGGAAGCUGCACCGCACACACCUGGACUACUUCCGACACAUCCGUGACGGCAUGGCCGAACUCACCUACACCGGACUCAAGUAGGCACCUUUGUCCCACUUUGCCGAUUUUUCUGGGCGACAUUUUCCAGCAUUUUUCGUCGACAGUGGCGACAAUGUUUGCUGUUGUAGGUUGUCGCCAGUUGUCAUAGGUGAAUUCCAUUAAAACUAGUCCCAGGCACUCACGUAUGCCCCUGUCCCACUUAAGAAACCUGAACGGAAACCUCUGGUGACCUUGCCCACCACCCAAGGUUUCCGUGAGCUCUCUGGAGGUUUUGGUCACUCUCCCUAAUGGUCGAAAGUGGUUUCCGCGUAGUCGAGGCUUCAUGUAGAUUGCUUCGAUUAUUUCAACAAAUUCAAAACCGGUCUCGACUAAAAAUAGGUGGCUGUUUGGUCGAAGCCCGUGGAGUGGGAUUGCUAUUUACAUACAGGCAGUUGAAGGCCUUCUCCUUCGCUGACCAGCCACUUUGAAUAGCUCAUUGGAGUUUUCAGGACCUAGAAGACCCACUGGUAGGUAAAAUGCCCGCUAAACUUUAUUAAACUUCUUAAAACUCUCUCCACUCCUUCUCUUCCCUUCUCCCCACUUCCCUCCCCACUUCUCUCUCCCCUCU